AUGGGUACCAACAAUUCAAGAUUGAAUGGAAAAGGGGGAGAGGUGUUGCCUGCAAGAGUCCGUAGCAGAGUUGAAGAGUUGAGACGCAAGGCUGACAGGAAAGAGCUGAAUUUUGAUGGUAGUGUGGAUGGUGGGAAGUCCCAAGAUUGUGAAGAAAAUAAAGGUGGGGACAGUAAUGUGGGUUCUCUGAAUGACAUUCAACAAACCAAACGUGUUGAAAAAAUCUCCAAAGUGGUUCCAUUGCCAGUUUCUGAACCGAAACAGCAUAGUGAGUUGUACAAUGAAGUUAAAGGGAGAGAAGGUGAAAAGAAGGAUGAGAAGGUGAAGAGUGCAUGGCUGCAGAGUGAGGAGGAUGACGAAGACAUUGAAAGUGGAAGAAAUAUAGGUCCAUCAUCUCCCAGCUUCAAAAUUUAUUGCAGAGAACCGAAGAACAAGGCGGAAAUAUUUCCUGAGUCACAGGAUCUAGCUGAUGAUGAGAACCAACUCCAGAAGUCACCCAGUGAGAAUAGUUUUGAAAGCUUUGGAGCUUCAGUUGGCAAUACAGAGAACUCCAACGAGAUUUUUAACAUUAAAUCAGCUUCGAAGAGAAAAGGGAAAAUGAAAGAGGCAAUGAGGAAGAAUCUACACUACGUUAAGCAUAUGAACAGAAAGAAGCCAAUUUGCACACGCAAUGCCUGA